AUGGGAGGAAAGAGUACAUACAUUCGAUCGAUCGGAAUCAUCGGUUUGAUGAGUCAAGCAGGUUGUUUUGUUCCAUGUGCUCCAGGUGCAAAAGUUCCGAUAUUUGAUGCUAUCCUUGCUCAUGUUGGAGCAGGUGAUAAUCAAACAAAAGGUGUUUCAACGUUUAUGGCUGAAAUGUUGGAAACAUCUACGAUCCUGCGAUUGGCAACACGUGAUUCCCUCAUCAUCAUCGAUGAACUCGGUCGUGGAACAUCAACGUAUGAUGGUUUUGGUCUGGCAUGGAGUAUUUCAGAAUUCAUCGCUUCAAAGAUUCGCAGCAAAUGCCUCUUUGCAAGUCACUUUGCUGAAAUUGUCGCAUUGGCAGACCAGAUUAGACAUGUGCAAAACUUACACUGUAAGGUUCAUGUUGAACCACGUCACGACUCGCAAGCAUUAGAGAAGGAAAGCGAGAUCACACUGCUAUACAAAGUGGAGCCGGGAAUCUGUGAUCGCAGAUACGGCAUUCAUGUAGCUGAAUUGGCCGGGUUCAGUGUGAUCAAAUUGGCCAAACGCAGAGCAGAAGAAAUGGGAAGACAUUGA